AUGGAAGAAAUGAAAGAGAACAUGAGAAGUGUGAAUCCUAUAGAAGAUUUGGUCCAUAGAACUGAUUCCACCUUUACGGCUUCCAUCAAUGGUCACCUUCUACCACCAAAGUUCAAGUUGCCUUCUCUAGAUUCAUAUAAUGGGACACAAGACCCUUUUGAUCACAUUGCCACCUUUAAGACCACUAUGCAUCUUCAAGGGGUUCCCGAUGAAAUAAUGUGCAGAGCCUUCCCUACCACCCUCAAGGGCCUAGCACGAGUGUGGUUCGACAAAAUACCCCUGAAUUCAGGGAAAAAUGAAAGCUUGCGGUCCUUCAUCACUCGUUUUAAUAGGGAAGUUUUGACGGUGGACGAGAUGGACGAUAAGUUGCUAUUGGCAGCUUUCCAUAACAGACUUAAUUCAGAUCUGUUCAUUCACAAGCUUUACAAGCAAGAGCCUCAAACUAUGGCUGAACUCGUCCAUUCCACUCAGAAAUUUAUGAAUGUAGAAGAUGCAAUCAUAGCCAAGAAGAGGAAGAGAACUCAGAAAAUGGAAGCGAACCGCCACUUUGAACAAGGCCCCCGUCCAAAGAAGGGACAGACGGACGACAAAAAGGACCGAGAUAAUAAGAAGACAGGCCCCAUAGCAAGGAAUCAGAAUUAUACACCCUUAAAUGCCCUACUCGAUCAAGUGCUGAUGCAGAUAAAGGAUGAUCCUUCCUUGAAGUGGCCAGAGAAGAUGAAAGGCGAUCCUAAUAAGCGCAAUAAAAAUAAAUACUGUCGCUUCCAUAGAGAUCAUGGCCAUGACACGAAUGAAUGUUAUGACUUAAAGCAGCAGAUUAAGAAUCUUAUUAGACAGGGAAAGUUGAGGCAUUUCGUUGGAAAAGAUCAUAAAGAUGAGAAGUUGAAGGGAAAAAUGGAAGAAUCAUCACAACCCCCACUUGGAGAGAUAAGGGUUAUUAUAGGAGGGACUUCAGUAGGACAGUUUUCCAAGUCAAAGAAGACGUAUCUCAAAGUGGUGCAAAACGUCCAGCUUUCUAGACGAUCACCAAGGACGAGGGGGACUGACGAGUCAACUAUCUCAUUCACCGACAAAGAAGCUGAAAGGAUCCAUCAUCCAUAUGACGAUGCCAUUGUCAUCACUUUACUCAUCGCAGAUUAUACAACUAGGAGAGUGUUGGUGGAUAACGGAAGUUUAGCAGAUAUAUUGUACUACCCUGCCUUCCAACAGAUGAGGCUUGGAUGA